AUGCACAAAUAUCUUUCAUAUAUUCUAUUUCAUAUUCCUUCUUUCUUUCUCACUUUCUUUCACAUCUACCUUCUUUCUUUCACACUUUCCUUCAAAUCUCAUUUCUUUCUUUCACACUUUCUUUUACAUCUUUCUUUCACAUUUACCUUCUUUCUUUCCCACUUUCUUUCACAACUUAUCUCUUUCUUUCACAUUUUCAUUCUUUCUUUUACACUUUCUUUCACAUCUUUCUUUCAGAUCUUCCUUCUCUCUUUCACAAAUUAUUUCACAUCUUCUUUCUUUCACAUUUUUAUUCUUUCUUUGACACUUUCUUUCACGUCUUCUUUCUUUUUUCACAUCUUCUUUCUUCCUUUCACAUAUUCCUUCUUUUACAUCUUCUUUAUUUCCUUCACACUUUCUUACCCGCCUUCUGUCUUUUACACUUUCUUUCUUUUCAUAAUAAUAAUCAUUCCGUCCAAAUUUUCUGCAUCACUUGGAUAUCUUUCUUUCUUUCUUUCUUUCUUUCUUUUCAUUAUAAUAAUCAUUCUGUCCCAAAUCUUCUGGGUCAUAUCUUUUCGAUUCAUUCUUUCUUUCUUUCAUUCAUUCUUUCUUUCUUUCUUUCUUUUCAUUAUGAUAAUCAUUCUGUCCCAAAUCUUCUGGGUCACUUCGAUAUCUUUCUUUCUUUCAUUCAUUCUUUCUUUCUUUCUUUCUUUUCAUUAUGAUAAUCAUUCUGUCCCAAAUCUUCUGCGUCACUUGGAUAUCUUUCUUUCUUUCAUUCAUUCAUUAUUUCUUUCUUUCUUUCUUUCUUUCUUUUCAUUAUAA